GUUCAGGUGACAUGAGGAGCCAAGACGUGAGGUGAGAUUACACAGGCACGUGAUCUGGUAAUUCUGGCCAAUGAGAGCGCAUAUUUCCCUACUGGCAGUCGGCAAAGGAGCCUCUUACUGGCUGUGCUUCUUCCCUGUGCCAACAUUAAAUAGCAAACAUUGAUCCGCCCAUUGCGCACUCUCUCGUCAACAAAGGACUAAAACACCCACUGGAGCCCUUCGUCCUGCACUUUCAUUAAUUUCUGGAUAGGCAAUCAUUGCUUUUAGAAGGACAGAUUCACAUCUUGGUGCAAGCCUCACCAUGUUCGCUUCAAUCUAGCCUAGCAGCGUGUCAAUAUUGCAUCUCCUUCAUCCAAGGACAAAUCCUUUGGUACUUGGCAUCAAGCAUGCAAUGUUAUACUGAGAUCUUGCCUCCUUCGGGAAUAACACACGCUCUUUCAGCUAGCUUCACCUCGGCGACAUCUAAUAAUUUAAUAGUGGUGAAAACAUCGCUCCUUCAGAUAUUUGACCUGGUUACAGACAUCAGCUCAAACAAUGCUCAACAGCCAGGGGAGAAGGAAACUGCUAAGCUGAAAUUGCUGGCCGAGUACGAGCUAUAUGGCACCGUGGUUGAUGUUGCUAGCGUCAAGAUUCUCAACUCUAAAAGCGGAGGGGAUGCUGUUGUAUUAGCUUUCAGGAACGCGAAGCUGAGCCUGAUCGAAUGGAACCCCCACAAUCAUGGAAUCGCAACUAUAUCGAUCCACUACUAUGAAAAAGAAGAUAUUACCCAGAGUCCCUGGGUGUCUGACUUGAGUAACUGCGGUAGCCGCCUGACAGUGGACCCAGGUAGCCGCUGUGCUCUAUUGAACUUCGGCAUACGAAAUCUUGCCGUUGUUCCAUUUCACCAAGCGGGCGACGACCUUGUCAUGGAUGACUAUGACCCGGGGCUAGAUGGUGGGAUUGACAACGAAAUGCAAGAUGUUUCGCACUCGAAAAGCAAGAAUGAGACGCAGGCUGCCCUGUCUUAUCAGACUCCCUAUUCGGCUUCCUUUGUUUUGCCAUUGACAGCCUUGGAUCCCACAUUGCUUCAUCCAAUAGGCCUUACAUUUUUACAUGAGUACAGGGAGCCGACUUUUGGCAUUCUAUACUCCCCGGUAGCAACUUCGUCUGCUCUUGUCCAUGAGCGCAAGGAUGUCGUUGUAUACUCUGUAUUCACUCUAGAUCUAGAACAACGCGCAUCUACAUCUCUUCUAUCUGUUACGAAACUUCCUAGCGACUUACUCUCAGUAGUGGCUCUCCCACCGCCUGUGGGUGGCGCCCUGCUUGUUGGCUCGAACGAGCUGAUUCAUGUCGACCAAUCUGGAAAGUCCAACGCUGUCGGGGUUAACGAAUUUGCCAAGCAAACAUCGUCCUACCCCAUGGUAGACCGAUCUGAUCUGGCUCUUCGAUUGGAGGGCUGUGUGGUGGAGACGCUCGACAGCAGAACCGGCGAUAUGCUACUAAUAUUAUCGACUGGCGAUUUGGCCUUGAUCCAUUUCAAAUUGGACGGAAGGUCAGUAUCAGGCCUAACCAUAAGGCCUGUACCAAGGAAUGCUGGAAACGAGAUUAUGAAUGGUGCUGCCUCAAGCUCCGCGGUCCUUGGACCGGGAAGAAUUUUCAUUGGUAGUGAGGAUGCUGACUCGGUCGUCCUGGAUUACUACACCUCGGCCUCUACCACCAAGCGAAGCAAAGAAGAGGAUUUGGAUGGGUUAUACGGGAACUCGGAGGAUAACGAGGACAACGACAACGAUAUCUACGAAGAUGAUUUGUAUUCUACCGCACCGAAAGAAGCCCCAAAACCGGAUACCCUGAAUGGCCACUCUCAAGAAAGUUACUCAUUUCAGCUUGUGGAUAAGCUAGUCAAUAUAGGCCCCCUACGAUCAGUUGACCUGGGAAGACCGUCCGUCUGGAGCCACACCACAGACGGAAAUUCCGAUGUCGACUCCAGUGGUCUGGAGCUCGUCGCGGCCUCCGGAUCUGGAAAAGGUGGCGGUGUUGUGUUUUUACAACGUGAACUCGACUUAAAAGCAGUUUCAACUUUUGAGAGUGAUAGCAUUGAUUGUAUUUGGACGGUCACUACCAACAAGACAAAAGAGAAGGAAUCGCCAAUUGAUCAGUCUGCUAAAACGUAUGUUUUUAUGGCAAGACCGGAAUCUCUUGAGAAGGAGGCAACUCUUGUUUAUUCUGUGACCGACGAAAUUUCAGAACUGGUCAGCUUUCCUGACGUCAAUCCGAAUGAAGACUACACAGUCGAAAUCGGCACCCUGUCGGGAGGUAGUCGUGUUGUCCAGGUACUAAAGGGUGAGGUGAGGAUUUAUGAUUCUGAUCUAGGACUUGCGCAAAUAUAUCCUCUUUGGGACGAGGACGAGGAUGAUGAACGAACUGCAGUUAGUGCUAGCUUUGCAGACCCAUAUCUUCUUGUACUUCGGGAUGAUUCUUCAUUGUUGCUUCUCCAGCCAGAUGAGAGUGGUGACCUGGAAUUUUUGAGUGGAAAUGAAACCAUUGCUUCUCAAACCUGGUUGCAUGGGUGUCUUUACACGGACAAAAAUGGCAUUUUCAAAGGUGAUUCUGCGAGAAAUACCUACGCGGUUAUGUUGAGUGCCGAAUACAAGUUAUAUAUGUUUCAACUUCCUGAUUUUGAGCUUAUAUCUGUGAUCGAGGGGGUCGACUUUUUACCCCCCAUUCUCUCAAAUGAGCCAUCUAGCAGAAGAUUGACUUCUCGGGAAAAUAUCACAGAGCUUUUGGUGGCAGACAUUGGAGAAUUACCAUGGACCUCGCCUUAUUUAAUAUUCCGAACGGCCACAGACGACCUUGUUAUAUAUAAGCCUUAUCAAGACUACAACUCGGAAGGUGGAAGAAUUCCUACUUUGAAGUACAUCAAGGAAGCCAACCACGUACUUCCAACAGUGCUAUCGGAGGCUGUAUCAAAGUCCUAUGAAAGUCAGCAACGGCGGAGAGUUCUUCGAAAUUUCCCCAAUAUUGGCGGAUUCGCUUCUGUUUUCAUGCCUGGGGCAUCCCCAAGCUUGAUUCUUCGGACAUGCCAGAGUUCACCUCACGUUUUCAAAAUCCGUAGCGAAUUUAUUUGUGGCUUAGGGGCUUUCAGUAUUUCAGGAUGUGAAAACGGAAUAAUUUAUGUGAAUGAUCAGAAAAUCGCUCGAAGCUAUCAACUUCCAGACGACGUCCAAUUUGAAUUUGCCUGGCCACUUCGCAGAGUUCCUUUAGGCGAACAGGUUGAUCACGUUUCAUAUUCCACUUCCUCAGGAACAUAUGUUUUAGGAACAAGUCGUGAACAAAACUUCAAGCUGCCGGAUGACGAUGAGCUUCACCCCGAGUGGCGCAACGAAGCGAUAGCUUUCCUCCCACAAAUCGUACAAGGCUCCAUUAAAUUGCUCAACCCGAUUAAUUGGAAUGUUAUCGAUAGCUAUGCAUUCGGCACCGCAGAGCACAUUACAGCCAUGGAAAAUGUUAAUCUUGAAAUUUCGGAACAGACGCAAGAGCGAAAGGACGUCAUUGUUGUAGGGACAACUUUUGCCAAAGGCGAAGACAUUGCAGCCCGAGGAAACAUAUAUGUUUUUGAUGUGAUAGACGUGGUUCCAGAUCCAGAUCAACCGGGAACAAAUCUCAAGCUGAAGCUUAUUGGAAAGGAGUCAAUCAAAGGUGCAGUAACAGCGCUAUCAGGAAUUGGGGGGCAAGGUUUUGUGAUGGUCUCUCAAGGGCAGAAAUGCAUGGUGCGGGGUCUAAAAGAUGAUGGGAGUCUUCUCCCUGUGGCAUUCAUUGACGUGCAAUGCUAUGUUAGCGUUAUCAAGGAGCUGAAAGGGACUGGAAUGUGCCUGAUUGGAGAUGCACUGAAAGGUCUAUGGUUCGCAGGUUAUUCGGAAGAGCCCUACAAGAUGGCUUUAUUUGGCAAAGAUGUGGACGAGCUAGAAGUUGUUACAGCCGACUUUUUACCCGAUGGCAAAAAACUCUAUAUCCUUGUUGCGGACAGCGACUGCAAUCUUCAUGUUCUCCAAUAUGACCCAGAAGAUCCAAAGUCUUCAAAUGGCGACAGGCUCCUCAACCGUUGUAAAUUCCAUACUGGGCAUUUUUCUGAGACGCUUACUUUGCUGCCCCGUUUAGCCCGGCCAUCUGAAUCAGUGGAUUUGGAUUCUGAUGCGAUGAACGUGGACUCCGACACGCCACUUUUCCAGGCAAUGGUCACAACACAAACGGGUGCAGUGGCAUUUGUGACGACAUUGUCCGAAGAUUCAUAUCGCCGUCUAUCGGCUUUGCAGUCGCAAUUAAGCAACACACUUGAACAUCCUUGUGGCUUGAAUCCUCGAGCAUACCGAGCCGUCGAAAGCGAUGGAAUUGGAGGCCGUGGUAUGAUUGAUGGCAAAUUGUUGAUGAGGUGGCUAGAUUUGGGCCGACAACGUAAAUUAGACAUUGCUCACCGGGUGGGUGCAGAUGAAUGGGAGAUUCGAGCAGAUCUAGAGGGAAUCAGUGAUACAGGGCUCGGGUAUCUAUAAAUGAAAUGUAUCGUUAAAGAGAGGCAUGAAAUGACUCCAAAGUUCAAAAUCGAAGUUGAAAAUA